GGAACAUUGAGUACCGCUACACUUGUUGGCGCUAGGACAAGGUCCACUUAUGAAAUGCAGAACAAGUGGUACUCGAUACUCAGUUAUCUGCGGAAGAACCAACCAUACUUCAAGUUAACUAAACGAACGUUAUGGACAAAGUUAGCCAUUGCUAGUGGAGUUGUUGGAUUUGGAGUUGUCAGCAUAGCGUUGCCUGUGCAUGCCUCAGAUUUACAAGCUCAUCCAGCAAAACUACCUUGGCCACAUAACGGAAUUAUAUCUAGUUAUGAUCAUGCCGCUGUACGACGAGGCUAUCAAGUGUAUAAAGAAGUGUGUAGUGCUUGUCAUAGUCUAAGAUAUCUGUGUUACCGACAUCUUGUUAACGAAGUGCUAACCGAAGCCGAGGCUAAAGAAGAUGCAGCUGAACAUAUGUAUCCCGAUGGACCAGAUGAUUCUGGGAAAAUGUUUGAACGACCAGGUCGUUUAACUGAUCUUCUCCCAGAACCUUAUGAAAAUUCUCAGGCGGCACGUGUAGCCAAUAAUGGUGCUGAACCCCCUGAUCUAACAUAUAUUGUUAAAGCUCGACACGGCAAUGAAGAUUAUAUAUUCCAUCUGUUAACCGGUUACAUGGAUCCUCCACCAGGUCGUACAGUUCCUGAUGGUCAGUAUUAUAAUCCAUAUUUCCCUGGUGGUGCAUUAAGUAUGGCAAGAGUAUUGUAUGAUGAUUUGGUUGAAUAUCCUGAUGGAACGCCUGCUACAACUAGUCAAAUGGCAAAAGAUGUUGCAUCUUUCCUUUGUUGGACUUCUGAUCGUAAUCAUGAUGAGCGGAAACGUGUUUUGUCCAAGGCGGCGUUAGUCACAGGCAUGUUGGCAAUCAUCGCUGGUAUAUACAAGCGGAAACGUUGGUCGGAUAUUAAAACAAGAAAGGUUAUCUAUAAGAAUCGACCUAUACCUAAAGAUGUGUAGUAGUCAGUCAGUCUUCAGUGAAAUCAAUAUCCAUCAUGUUGUUUCCCACCAUGCGCUCUCACCGCCUGCCUAUCUCUCUCUCUCUCUCUUCCUUCGAUUGUGUAUCCCAAUGUGAGCAGAAGAUUACAUGUCUGAUGCAUAUGCAUAGACUAUUAGGUUUUAUGUUAUAUAUAUAUAUAUAUAUAUAUAUAU